AUGUUGUCCAAACUUAGUCCUCGAUUGUCCACCAAUGGCUGGCAAUCUUUGAAGAAGAACAAUAAUCACACACUUUUACAACGCCUCAACUCCAAGUCCAUCAUGGUAAUUGGUCUUUCUCAACCACAACAACAACAUCGAAAUCUUCAAUUGAAAACUCCUCUUCAUAUCGGUUUCUUUGAUGAUGUUGCAGGAACCUACAAAACUCUGCAUAGUCCUUUGAAUUUGAGAUUUAAAUUGAAUAUGAAACCAUGGGAACACAGAACAGGACAAUUCUUCUGGUAUUUAAACUUUGGAGGAAUUCUAAUCCUUUCUGCUGUGUUGGCCGCCAGCAUGUUCUUUGUCUUUUAUUAUGGAUUUUACUUUUUAUAUGCCAAUGCAGGAAUUAAUGGAUUGAGAAGAUUCUACAAUCCUCAUCCCUUUGGAAAUUAG